AUGGCCGGUCAUCCCCACAGCCCCCAGCAGCUCCUAGCUAAAGGACACCUACAACAGGAGGCCCAGGCCCAAGCUUGGGUCCCACCCUAUCCAGGUCCCACCAUGGCCUCUGAAUAUGAGUCAGGCCACAUCCGGAAGCUGCAGGCUCGUCACACACACAUGCAGGAGAAGACCUUCACCAACUGGGUCAAUAACAUCUUCCGGCUCGGCCGGGUAGGCAUCAAGAUCCAGAGCCUGUACACAGAGCUGGCAGAUGGCACCCACCUCCUGCGGCUGCUGGAGCUCAUCUCGGGGGAGGCCCUGCCCGCGCCCAGCCCGGGCCGCCUGCGUGUGCACUUCCUAGAGAACAACAGCCGAGCCCUGGCCUUCCUCAGGGCCAAGGUGCCAGUUCCCCUCAUUGGGCCAGAGAACAUCGUGGACGGAGACCAGCCGCUCAUCCUGGGACUCCUCUGGGUCAUUAUUCUGCGUUUCCAGAUUUCCCAUAUCAUCUUGGACAGGGAAGAGUAUGGGGCCAGUGCAGCCCUGCUGUCUGCCAGGGAAGCUCUGCUGGUCUGGUGCCAGAGGAAGACAGCCAGCUACACCAACGUGGACAUCACUGACUUCUCCCGCAGCUGGAGCAAUGGGCUGGGUUUUAAUGCCCUCCUCCACACCCACAGGCCAGAUCUGCUGGACUACAGCUCCCUGCGUCCAGAUCGCCCACUGCAAAACCUCACCUUGGCUUUUCACGUGGCGGAGCAGGAGCUAGGCAUUGCCCAGCUGCUGGAUCCUGAAGAUGUGGCGACCCUACAGCCAGACGAGCGCUCCAUCAUGACCUAUGUCUCUCUCUACUACCACUACUUCUCCCGUCUACAUCAGGGGCAGACUGUACAGAAGAGACUCACUAAGGUCCUGUUUCAGCUCCAGGAGACAGAGGUGCUGCAGAUCCAGUACGAGCAGCUGGUGGCCGACCUGCUCCGCUGGAUUGCAGAGAAGCAGGUGCAGUUGGAAGAGCGGGACUUCCCAGACUCGUUGCCUGCCAUGCGCCAGCUACUGGCAGCCUUUGCUUCCUUCCGCACCCAGGAAAAGCCACCUCGACUGCAGCAGCGAGGAGCCACAGAGGCCCUGCUCUUCCGGCUGCAGACAGCCCUCCGAGCCCAGAACCGCAGGCCUUUCCUACCUGGCGAGGGCCUGAGCCCUGCAGAGCUGGCCCAGCGCUGGGCAGGGCUGCAGCGGGCAGAGGCUGCCCGGGGCCAGGCCCUGCAGCAGAGGCUGCUGAUGCUGGAGCGACUGGAGACCCUGGCCCGGCACUUUCAGCACAAGGCAACCCUCCGGGAGAGCUUCCUAAAGGAUGCCGAGCAGGUACUGGGCCAGGCCAGAGUCCCCCCGGCCAGCCCGGCCACAGUGGAGGUGGCCAUCCAAAGGCUGGGUAUGCUAGAGGCCAGCAUCCUGCCCCAGGAGGGGCGCUUCCAGGCCCUGGCCGAGCUCGCAGAUGUCCUCCAGCAGGAGCACUACCACAGCUGGGCAGAUGUGGCCCACAGGCAGGAGGAGAUCACCUGGCGCUGGCAGAGUCUCCUUCAGCAGCUACAGAAGCAGAGGAAGCAGAUGGCAGGCACAGAGGCUGUGCUGAACCUGCUGCAGGAGGUGGAGGCUACCUCAGACCAGCUCAGGGAGCUGCAGGUGCCUGCCAGCUCCACAGCCUGUGGGCAGCAGCUGGCCGAUGUAAUGGAGCUGCUGCAGAGACAUGAGCUGCUGGAGGCCCAGGUCUUGGCCCAUGGGGCCCAUGUGAACCAUCUGGCUCACCAGACUGCACGGCUGGAUCCCUCCCUGAGUACCAGUGUGGAGAUGCUGCAGGCCAAGGCCCAGGCUCUUGCCCAGCUCCACCAGAGCCUGGUGUCUCUUAUCAAGGAUCGGCGCGCGCUGCUGGAGCAGACCCUGCAGCGGGCAGAGUUCCUGCACAAUUGUGAGGAAGAAGAGACCUGGUUGCUGGAGCGCAGACAGCUGGUGGAGAAUACACCCCUGGGCCGGGACCUCAACCAGAUCACAGGCGCCCUGAGGAAACACAAGGCCCUGGAAACCGAACUCCACCGCCACCAGGAUGUGUGCGCGGAUCUCAUGCAGAGGGGGCGCGACCUUAGCACCCGCGGGCUCUGGAGGUUGCCAGAUCCCCAGGAGAGGGCGGAGGCCGUGCAGCGAGCGUGGCAGCAGCUCUGGACCCGGACAGCGGCGUGGGGCGCUCAGCUGCAAACAGCCCUGCUGGUUCUGCAGUACUUUGCUGACACCGCAGAGGCAGCUUCGUGGCUGCGGCGGCGGCGGGCGGCACUGGAGGGCGCCUCCGGCGGCCAGGACCACGCAGCGGCCGAGGCCCUGUUGCUGCGCCACCUGCGGCUGGAGCGCGGCGUACGCGCCUUCGCGGCCGAGCUGCGGCGGCUGGACGAGCAAGCGCGGGCGGCAGCGACCCGGGCGUCGCUCACGGUGCGCGUGGAGACCGGGAAGGGACCCAGACUGGCGCCCCCAGCCCCAAAUGCGUGGUCUCUGCUAGGCACCGUGUCCUAUGCGUCACCGGCGCGGGGUCACACUGAGGGUGGAAAUGGGAGGGAUUUUGUGGCCCUGCCCUGCGAAUCCCGGACAGCACAUUUCACCUGGCUUCUAGGAGAGGCCCUGGAUACCUGGGAGCUGAAAGACUGGGCAGGCUGUCAGGCCAAGGUGCCUAUCAGCCACAGAAUGGAGCAGGAGCCCCAGGUGGUGUCUGCACUGAGUCUUCUUGAGGAAGGCCCAAGGAUUGCUCUUCCAGUUGAGCCUGACCUCUUUGACCCCAACACCAUACUCCAGACACAGGAUCACUUGAGCCAGGACUAUGAAGGCCUGCGAGCUGUGGCAGAGCUCCGCAGGGCCCAGUUGGAGGAGGCUGUGGUCCUGUUUGGCUUCUACAGUUCCUGUGAAGAGCUCCAGUCCUGGCUGGAGAAACAGACAGCACUGUUCCAAACUCUGCAGCCCGAGGGUGACAACUUGGAGGUCACACAGUUAAAAUAUGAGAAAUUACUCACUGCCCUGGCCAUGGGAAAGGGCCACUGGGCUGAGAUCAGCAACUCUGCUGAGCAACUGAAGCAAAGAUGUCCUGGGGACGCCACAAAAAUCCAACGACAGCAGGAGGACCUGAACCAGAGGUGGGGGUGCCUAGAGGCACUGAAAAAGGAAAAGGGCCUGCAGCUGGCACACUGUGAAGAGGUGUGCAGUUUUCUGCAGGAGUGUGGCCCAACCCGGGCCCAGCUACAAGAUGUGAUACUGCAGCUGGAGACCCUGGAUCCAGGGAGCUCCAAGGACAGCCACUGUGCCCUACAACUGAUCCAGCAGAAGGUUCUGGUGCUGGAAAAGAGGAUCCACUACCUCCAAAGUGUGGUCUUGAAGGCAGCUGAGUCAGGCCCCACAGAGAGCCAGCCCCUGCAGGAGCAGAUGGAGGCACUGCAAGGGCUGUUGAAGCAGGUGCAGGGGCAAAUGGCCCAACAGGUCCAGAUCCGGACAGAGGCUCAGGCCCACCAGAGCUUCCUGCGGGAGAGUCAGAAGAUCUUCCUGUGGGCAGAGGGUGUCCAGGCUCAGCUGCACAGCAAGGAGGAGCUGGUGGAUGUGACCUCGGCCCAGAGGCUGCUAAGGGAGCACAGAGACCUGCAGGAGGAGAUGCACCUGUGGCAGGAGAGGCUGCAGCAUCUGGAGACUCAGUGCCAGCCCGUGGCAGUCUUGGACUCUCCAUACUCCCAAGAGGUGGCCAGUACUCUGAGGCUCCUGGACCAGCAAAGCCUGGAGCUGGUGGCUGCAUGGGAGCAGAGACAGCGGUGGCUGCAGGAAGGGCUGGAACUGCAGAGAUUUGCCCGAGAAGUGGAUGGUUUCACUGCCACCUGUGCUAACCACGAGGCUUCCCUGUGCCUGGACAAUGUGGGGGAGGACGUGAGGGAGGCUCAGAGCCUGCUGCAGCAGCACCGGGUGCUUGGGUGGCUUCUGAGCAUCCUAGGACCUAGGUUAGAGGCCCUGAAGGCAUGUGGUGAGAAGCUGGUCCAGAGCCAACACCCUGCUGCACACAAGAUCAGAGAGCAGCUGCAGAGUGUCCAGGCACAGUGGACCAGGCUCCAGGAGAGGAAUGAGCACAGGAGGGAGCAGCUGCUGGCUUCCCUACAACUGCAGGAGUGGAAGCAGGACAUGAAGGAGCUAAUGCUGUGGAUGGAGGAGAGGUGGCCGACAGCAGCAGAUGAGCCUUUCCAAACACAUAGAAACAUCCUACAAAAACUCAAGUCACAUGACGCAGCUGUGAGGGAAGUGCUGGCCGCCUGUGGGCAUGUGGAGGACCUGCAGCAGACUGCGAGAGAGCUGUUGCACAGCAGGCCGUUUGCCAGGGAUGACAUACAGACCAGGCUUCAGGACCUGAGUCACAAGUGGGGAGAAUUGAACCGCAAGAUGGCAGAGCGUGGAGACAAACUUCAGCAGGCUAGACAGCAGAAAGAGCUCCUGGAGCAACUGCAGGAGGCCAAGGAGAAGAUGGAGCAGCUAGAGGGAGCUCUGCAGAAUACAGAAACAGGGCAGGACCUGUGCACCAGCCGCAAGCUGCAGAGACAGCAUGGCCAACUGGAGAAUAAGAGCCAAGCCCUGGCCAGCAAGAUGGCUGAUCUCAUCUCCCAGGCCCACAGUGUGGCCACUGCCCAGACCAUCCUGGAGGAGACACAGCAGUGCUGCCAGAGGUUCCACUCCCUGCAGGCCCAUUUGGCUACCCGGCACCUGCAGUUGCAGGCCGCAGUUGAGCUGUACCAGUUCAACCACCUGAGCGACCUGGAGCUCACCUGGGUGACUGAACACAUGCCUAGUGCCAGCCCCGCCAGCUGUACUCAGUGCCAGGGUGGUGCCCAGAGCCUUCAAUACAAGCACAGGGUGCUCCAGGCCGAAGUGAGAGCUCACCAGAGGCAGGUGCACCAGGUGCUGGACUCUGGCCGGAACCUAGCAGCCUCUGGGCACCCCGAAGCUCAGUGCCUCACAGAGCAGUGCCAGAAGUUGGAAGGUCAGUGGGCUGAGCUGGAGCAGGCGUGCGCAGCACAAACCCACUGCCUGCAGCGGGCUGCUACUUUCCAGCAGUACUUUCUGCAUGUGUCGGAGCUGGAGAGCUGGAUGGAGGAGAAGCGGCCACUGUUGAGUAGUCAGGACUGUGGCAGAGACGAGGCAGCCACCUUCAGGCUCAUUGGGAAACAUCAGGUGCUGCAGCAGGAGCUGGCUCUUUAUUGGACCUCCAUGGAGGAGCUUAACCAGAAGGCCCAAAGCCUUGCUGGCUCUAAGGCCCCUGAGCAGCUGGGUGUGGUGCAGGAGAGGCUCUGGGAGCAGCUGCGGGCACUACAGGAGCUGGCCAUUGCUCGGGGCCAGGAGCUGGAGGGGACCCUGAAGCUGCAUGAAUUCAUGAGGGAGGCAGAGGACCUGCAGAGCUGGCUGGCCAGCCAGAAGCAGGUGGCCAGAGGAAGAGAGAACCUUGGAGGGGACUACGAGCACGUGCUGCACCUCUGCACCAAGUUCGCAAAAUUCCAGCACCAGGUGGAGAUGGGCGGCCAGCAGGUGGCAAUCUGCCAGCAACUAGCAGCAGGCCUGCUGGAGCGUAGACACAGCGCUGCCAACAAGGCCUGUGAGAGGCAGCAGGAUCUGCAGACCGCCUGGUCAGAGCUGUGGGAGCUGACCCAGGCCCGAGGCUGCUGGCUCCGAAAUGCUGAGACCACCUUCAGAGUUCAGAGAGAUCUUGUGGAAGCCCUCAACCAGGUCCAGGAGAAAGUCACAAGCCUCCCCAGUGAUGUGGCCCAGGACCUGCGUGGGGUGGAGGCCCAGCUGAGGAAACACAAGGGGCUGGAACAUGAGCUGAUGGGCACUGAGAAGUGGUUGCAGGAAUUGCUGGAGGCUGGAGACAGGGUGCAGCAGCUGAGUCCGGGGCUUCAGGCCCAUGCUGUGCAGCAGAAGCAACAAGCUGUGACACAGGCCUGGGAGGCCCUGAGGCUGUGCAUGGAGCAGCGCAGGGCCCAGCUAGAGCAAGCAUGCCUCCUGGGCUGCUUCCACACAGUGGUGCAGGACUACGCCUCCUGGGCGGCCAGUGUGCAGCAGGAACUGCAGGCGAAGGAGAGCUCCCCAGAGCACAGCAGUGGCCCUCACAGGCUCAGUGCCCACCAAUGGCUUCGGGUAGAGCUGGAGGCCCGGGAGGAGCUGCAGCAGCGGGCGGCACGGUUGGGCCAGCAGGCACUUCUGACUGUAGGAACAGCUACCAAGGAUGUCCAGGAUAGGCUACAAACCCUGCGGGAGGAACGUGAUCAGGUCUUCCAGGCCUGGAUGCAGGAGCAAGAGAGGCUGCAGGCCACGCUGCGGGAGCAGCUCCUCCUUAGACAGUGCAGCCACCUGGAGAAGACCCUCACAGCCCAGGAGGCAUGCCUGAGAACUGGUGCCCUGGGGAGCUCCGUGGAGGAGGUAGAGCAGUUGAUCUAUAGGCACAUGAUCUUCCAGAAGUUGCUGACUGCCCAGGAUGAGAAGGAGGCAGCUCUGCGUAAGCAGCUGAAGACACUCCCAGGCCAAAGGGGGCAGGACUUGCUUCAUCACGUGCUGCAGCAUCGGGUUCGAGUGAAGGAGCUGGCGGAGAGCCGGGCUCGUGCCCUGCGUACUUCCCUGCUGAUGGCCAACUUUUCCAGGGCUGCUACCCAGACUGAGGACUGGAUCCAGGAGCGUGUCCAGCAGCUGAGAGAAUCGACCCCCUCUGGAUGCCUGAAAGACCAUGUGACACACUUGUGGAAACACCAGGCUUUUGAGGCUGAGGUUCAGGCCCAUGAGCAGGUGAUGACCUCUGUAGCCAAGCAGGGUGAAGCCAUCCUGGUACAGAACUACCCUCAGGCAAGAGAGGUCUUCCAGCGGCUGCAGGCUCUGCAGGAGCUCUGGGAGAAACUGAGGCAAGCAGUAACCCUCCGAGGCCAGGUCCUGAAGGACAAGAGUUGCUUCCUGGAGUUCCUGCAGAGAGUGGACCUCGCAGAGGCCUGGAUCCGGCAGAAGGAGGUGAUGGUGAACAUCAGUGACCAGGGUCAGGACCAUGAGCACUGCCUGCGGCUCUAUAGGCAGCUCCGCAAGUUCCAAAGCACCAUGGUGGCUGGGGACACAGUGGGGGAUGCCUAUGUUAGAAGCAUCAAUGACUUGGUACCACAGCUCAAGAGCCAGGACCCAGAGGAAAACAAGACCAUCUGCCAGCGACAAAGCCAGCUCAACACCAGGUGGACAAGUUUCCAUGACAAGCUGCUACAGUAUCAGCGGCAGCUUGAAGGGGCCUUGGAGAUACAUGCACUGUCCAGGGACCUGGAUGAUGUCAUUGAACAGAUUGGGGAGAAGGGAACCUCAAUCCAGUCACUGGAGGGUGCAGAAGACCUGGAUGGCAUACAGAGGCUGCUGUGGAAGCAUGAGGUUCUGGAGCAGGAAAUGCGCCUUAUCCAGGCUCAGGUGGAGUCCCUGGAUCAUAAGGUAGGCUGCCUCUGCUGGAGAAGCCCAGGGGUGAGCCACAGCCUCAGUCACAAGCAACAAGAGAUGAUGGACAGCUGGAGGCAGCUCCAGAGCAGGGUCCAGAAGUGGAGGGAGUCACUGGAGGCCAGGCACGAAGCUCAGAAGCUCCAGGCCCUGCUGCAGGAGCUGCUGGCCUGGGCACAGGGGCUACGGGCUGAGAUGGAUGCUCGGGGCACCCCUGGAAGCCCUGCAGGAGUCCUGCGCAUGCUGGAAGAUCACCAGGCAUACAAGGCUGAGCUGGAUGUCCGGACAGACAGUAUCCGCCUGGUUCAAACCACCGGGCAACAGUUGCUUGCAGCUGGGCACCCAUCAGCCUCUGGCAUUCACCAGGCCCUGGCUGCUUUAGAACAGGAGCUGAGCAGCCUGCAAGGGGCCUGGAGGAUGCACCAGCGGCAGUUGCAGGAGGCCCUGGAGCUGCAGCUGUAUCUGAGCUCUGUGGAGAAGGUGGAACGUUGGCUCUACAGCGAGGAAGCUUUCCUGGCCAACAAGGGUCUGGGGGACCCCUUGGCCAAUGUGGAGACCCUCCUGUGGAAGCACAAGAGGUUUAAGCAGGGCCUGGAAGCACAGGUGGAAAAGAUCCGCUCACUAGAAGCCACAGUCCACAGCCUACACGAGCGUGGACACCCCGAGGCCCAGAGCGCCCUGGCCAGGUGGCAGGCCGUGCUCCUAAGGAAGGAGGCACUCGAAGAGCGAGCAAGGACCUGGGGCCGCCAGCUGGAGGGGCUGCAGCAGCUUCAGGCAUUCUUGCAGGAGUCUCAUGAGGUGGUCACAUGGCUGAGGGAGAAGAACCUAGUGGCCUUGGAGAAUUGGCGGGACCCGGCCUCACUGCAGGCACAGCUGCGGAGGCAGCAGAAUUUCCAGGUUGAGCUGGACUCAAACAUCCACCAGCGACAGGAGCUGCAGCAGGAGGGGCAGAGGCUGCUGCAGGGGGGUUGCCCAGCCUCGGAGACCGUCAGGGAGCGGUUGCAGGAGCUGGAAGAGCUCUGGGCUAAGCUGCAAACCAACUGCCAGAGGAAGGAGGCCAAGCUGCAGGAAGCCUGUGAGGCCCUGCGUCUACAGCGGAGCCUGGAGGAACUGGGGAGCCAGCUGGAGCCCAUGGAAGUUGAACUGAGAAACCCUGCCAGGGGCCAGGACCUGCGUCAGGUGGACGAGCUCCUGCGGGCACAGGGAGAGCUGGAGGCCGCUGUGGACAGGCAGACCAGGCAGGCACAGGCCGUGCUGGGCCAGGCCCAGGCCUUCACACUGGAAGGUUGCUGCCUCAUCAAGGCUGUGGAAGAGCAGGUGCAGCUGCUUCACAGGUUCCAGGGCCUCCGGGAGCCUCUGCAGGAGCGCAGGGCAGCCCUAGAGGCCCAGAGACUCCUCUUGCAGUUCUUCAGAGACGCUGAUGAGGAAAUGGCCUGGGUGCAAGAGAAGCUGCCCCUGGCCACCGCCCAGGACUAUGGCCAGAGCCUGAGUGCUGUACAGCACCUGCAGCAGAAGCACCAGAACUUGGAGAGUGAGAUUAACAGCCACAAGGCUGUGACCCUGGUGGUGGUGGACACAGGACACAAGCUGGUACAGGCUGGGCACUUUGCUGCUCAAGAGGUAGCCACCCAAGUACAGCAGCUGGAGGGGGCCCUGGACCACCUGCGGGCAGAGGUGGCACGGAGGAGGCUGCUGCUGAGGCAGGCCCUGGAGGCCCAGCAAUGUCUGGCGGAGCUCCUAGAGGCUGGAUCCUGGCUGGCUGAACGGGGCUGUGUCCUGGACAGUGAAGAUAUGGGCCAGAGUGCGGAGGCCACACAGACUCUUCUGCGGCGGCUGGAGGCCACCAGGAGGGACCUGGAGGGGUUCAGCCAGCACAUUGGGGGCCUGCAGCAGACAGUGGCCCUCCUGGAGAGCAGGCAGAACCCAGACAGUCCCAGGGUGCUGGCCCAGCUACAGGUGGUACGGGAGGCCCACGCACAGCUGCUGCGGAGAACAGAGGUCAGGGAGCAAAGCCUGAGGGAACAGCUGCAGCUACACCAACUACAGCAAGAAACCCUCCUCCUCGACGCCUGGCUGACCACCAAGGUGGCCACUGCAGAGUCUCAGGACUGUGGGCAGGACCUGGAGGGCAUCAAGGUGCUGGAAGAGAAGUUCAAAAUUUUCAGCCAGGAAGCCUGGAGCCUGGGGCAGGUCAAGGUGCAGGCCCUGCGGGAGCUGGCGGACUCCCUGGAACGGGGAGCACCCAGGUGCUCUCCUCAGAUUCAAGCCCAGAAGAGCCGCAUCCAGGCCACUUGGGAGAGGCUGGACAAGGCAAUCAAAGCCCGCACAGAGAGCUUGGCUGCAGCCCAUGAGGUCCGAGGCUUUGAACAGGUGGCAUUGGAGCUCCAGCGCUGGAUGCAGGAGAAAAGUGCCCUGCUGGAGGCAGCGCUCAGAGGACACAGCCUCUUGUCCACAUCACCCUUGCAGCAGGAGCAGCAGCAGCAUAAGCGCCUGCAGAGGGAACUGGCAGCUAUUGAAAAGGAGGUGACAUGGACACAGAUAGAGGCCUGCCGACUCAGUCAGAGGCACCCUGCAGCUCGAGAAGACCUGGCUGAGCAGCUGGCCAAGGUGCAGGAGGCCUGGGCCACCUUGGAGGCGAAGACCCAAGAGCGGGGCCAGCAGCUGGUGCAGGCUGCCCAGAGCCACGCCUUCCUCAAGCACUGUCGUGAGCUGCUAGCAUGGGCUCAGGACAGACAGGCACUGUUGUCCUCAGAGGAGCUGGCUGGGGACAUGGUAGAGACCGAGCAGCUCCUGGAGCAGCAUAAGGAACUGGGGCGCGAAAUCCAGGAGCACUGCCUUAAAGCCCAGCUCAUGCGGCAGCAAGGACAGCAGCUGGUGGACAACAGCCACCUCAUGUCCCUGGAGGUGGCAGAGCAUCUGCAGGACCUGGAAGGGCAGCUGCAGGGGCUACAGGCAGCGUGGACCCAGCGCCAACAAUGCCUCGAGGAGAGCUGGAGCCUGCAGAAGCUGCAGCAGGGGCUGGAGCAGGCAGAAGCCUGGCUGGCCUCUUGGGAGGGCCUUCUGCUGGAGCCCAGCUGCGGGCAUUCGAAGUGGCACGUGGAGCUACAGAGACACAAGGACCUGGACAAGCUGCUGACAGCCCAAGAGGAGAAGUUUGCCCAGCUGCAGAGGACAACAGAGCCCAGUGCCAGCUCCUGGGACAGCUGCCACGGGACCUUGGGCAGUGCUCUGAGCCUGUCCUCAGAUCCAAAGACGGCAGCAGAAAAGGUGGCUUCCAUGUCCCCCCUUGAGGACGUCCACGGCAGAAGGUGCAUUUUAUCCCUAAGGCUGAGCGGCGAGGCAGAGAUCCCGUCUGUAGCACCCGCUGAAGCACAGGCUGAGAGCUGGCAGCGUACCCUGGGCGGCACGGCAGCCCAGAACCUGAGCCCAGAACCCAAAGCCAGGCUCCCGGCUGAGACACUGACUGCUCUGCCUAGACUCGAGGGUGCUCCCCUCCCAGGGGCUCAUUCCACCCUGCCUGCCUCAGCCUCCACACCAGGGGAGACCUUCCUGGGCAGGAAGCUGCACCAAGCCUUUUCUGGUCCAGCCGGUCCAGAGGUAAGAGGGUCCCCUGCCCCCUUCUGGAAAGCUCGCCUGGAUUUGCUUGCCUGGGGUACACAAUGCUCUUCCUUUUCUGGCCUACCUGUGUAUCUUCCAAGAUGGAGCAUUUGUGUGCAGGAAGCCAGCCUCUGCCCUGGCUUAUGAACCUCCUCUUGG